CUAUUAUCCCGGAGGUCCUUGCGUGUCUCCGAGCCUCCAAGAUGGGCGUUAAGCUGGACGGCCUCCUAACACAGCUGGGCACAGGAAAAUGGAACAUAUUGCACUGCCUCGCCCUCUCUUACUGUGUGUCCUUACCUGCUUACCACACCCUGGGCGGAGCUUUCCUGGCGCCCAAAGUGGACUAUGCAUGCCGCCCACCUGACUACGCCCACACCAACAAAUCUAUCACCGCAUAUGGGAUGGAUGGGACAGAUUUUCAAGGCGACUGUAGCUUCUUCGCAAAAUCCCCCGUGACUGGACGUUUCGAUGAGAAGAAAUGCACGCAGUGGGUCUUCGAUAACUCCACCUUCACUUCUUCUGUCACUUCGGAGUCAUCAAACGGUAAUACCGGAUGUAUCAUGUUUUAA